UGACACAGAGAACACAGGAACCUGGACACACUGUGACUUGUGAGACUUUCUGACUGCGGAACUUUUCGUCCAUGUCACCGGGAGAGCCGCGGCCAGGACAGCAGGACAGAGCCGCCACCCGCCUCACCUCUGCUGCGGACACUCACUCAACUUAAAGGGGAUUUGAGGUUAGGGCUGACGUUUGUGUCCGUCCUCAGAACCGGGUCAUGGACUUCAACCUCCUCACGGACGCUGAGGCCCGCAGCCCCCCGCUGUCGCUCUCUGACUCCGGGACCCCGCAGCACGACCCGGGCUGUAAAGGCCAGGACACCAGCGACACAGAGAAGUCCCACCAGAACCAGCUGGAGGAGUCCGGCGGAGACGACGGCUCUCUGAAGAAGAAGCAGCGAAGGCAGAGAACCCACUUCACCAGCCAGCAGCUGCAGGAGCUGGAGGCCACCUUCCAGAGGAACCGCUACCCAGACAUGAGCACCAGGGAGGAGAUCGCCGUGUGGACCAAUCUGACGGAGGCACGAGUCCGGGUGUGGUUCAAAAACCGUCGGGCCAAGUGGAGGAAGCGCGAGAGGAACCAGCAGGCGGAGCUGUGCAAGAACGGCUUCGGUGCCCAGUUUAAUGGACUCAUGCAGCCGUACGACGACAUGUACACGGGCUACUCCUACAACAACUGGGCCACCAAGAGCCUGGCCAGCAGCCCGCUCUCCGCCAAGAGCUUUCCCUUCUUCAACUCCAUGAACGUCAGCCCACUGUCGUCCCAGCCCAUGUUCUCCCCGCCAAACUCCAUCCCCUCCAUGAACAUGGCCUCCAGCAUGGUGCCCUCGGCAGUGGCCGGCGUUCCCACCACCGGCCUAAACAAUCUGGGGAACCUCAACAACCUCAACAGCCCAACGGCGCUCAACUCGGUGGCGGUGACGGCAGCUGCCUGCCCCUACGCCCCCUCAGCUGGGCCCUACAUGUACAGAGACACCUGCAACUCCAGCCUGGCCAGCCUGCGACUCAAGGCCAAGCAGCACACCAACUUCACCUACCCGGCGGUCCAGAAUCCCGUGUCCAACCUGAGCCCGUGCCAGUACGCCGUGGACCGGCCGGUAUGAAGGUCCAGCCCAUGCUUCUCUUCACCCAUCGCUCUGCCACAGGGAGUGUGGACUUGGUGCCACACACAGACAGAACCCAAAAGACUUGAGGGCGGUUCCUGAGACUUUGUCUGAACUGAGCGACCAUAGACUCCGGAAGACCUGCAUGUUUAGAGUAACCAUAGCGACCCUGGAGGAUGGCGGCGAGGAUGUACAUAUGGACCUUCACUGUUUUGUAUGUGACAAAUGAAACACGGAGGACUUCGGACGAGGUCAGCAUAUUCUCCUCGCCCUCCUGGAACCUCACACCGUGUUGUGAAUUCCACUUCCUUUGAGAGGUCGGAGGUCAGAGGUGAGUUUAGGGAAGCAGCAGGGGGCGGAGCCAGAGAGUGAAAACAAUCUCACGCGACAGUUUGACCAGAACUCUGAAAAGCCAUGACGUGUGUCGCUUGUGUCGGGAGUCCGCCGUGUAAACUUCAUGUACGAGUGCAGUUGUUAUAACAAAGCAAGCUUUUCUGGUGUAGCCUGCCUGUCUCAUUAA